CGCUUGGGAUGCACCGGUAGUUGGUCGCGUGGGUACAGUAAGCGGAACACCUGCCCCCACAUUCAGGGACUUUCUCAUCGCUUUUUUCCCCGAUAAACCGGUUUUCGCUAACGCUUCGAUCAGAACUCGCUCCCAGCUAUUAGUAUGUGUUAAUGCGAGUCCUAUUACACUGGCACUAGUGCUCGAAUAGCCACUCCCUGGUAGAUAACAUGCCAUCCGAGCUCACUCCCGUCCCGCCGGGUUUACUCGUCACAUUCAACCAAACGGCAGACUCAUGCACACAAUCACUCAACGUUCUUAAAAAUACAUCUUACACAAUCGAAUUACACUCACACGCACACGCACAAUGGCCCACCCUUCAAUCCAUACUGACAGACUACACCUCGAUCCUCUCCCUCAUUUACACACACUCAACGAACCUCUCCUUAGCAAUGAAACCGCCUUCAACUUAUCCAGCAGUCCCCCGUCUUCUAUCCGAUCUCACCUCUGACAUCACAAAAUUAACUUCUUGCGUCCAAUUCUUAAGUUCCUGGUACGGUGCAACAUUGUACAACGAAGCAUCUUGGAAAGCGCGAGAAACCAUCGACACCGUUCGAGCACUCGUCCAGACAUUCAUCCCGAGUCAUUCCUUCUCCCCCCAUGACAACGUCCCAUUCACCGAUCAUGCACCACACGACUUUUCCAAAACCUACCUCAUCCGGACAAACGCCAUCCACGCCUCGAUAGAAUCCACCAAAAAGGGACUCUCAAAAUCCAAUGCUCAAGCAGUCCUUAAAGUUUGGGAUACACAUUCUGAUUCCAUUCAGGAUGCAUUGGAGGAGUGUGAGGAGUUGACCAGGGAACCGCCCCCAGAUGAUGAGGUCAAUGAGGAGAGCGAGGAUAGCGAGGAUGACGGGUGGGAUGAAAUUAUGGGUGGCAAGACCGGUCGGAGACUCACACCCGAAGAACGAGACCGGGCUAAAAAGACACGAAUGCUCGUGAAAUUAACACUCUCCCUCCACCGCCGUCUUUCACAAUACACCCUCCCUUCCUACUCUCUUCCUACCUCAGCAGAAGCAACCCACACCCUCGACACGUUCCUCUCUCAUUCAACCACCCUCACAUCUACAAUAGACGACCUCGUUUCCUCUCUCCAUCCCCAACCUCCAACACCGGACCAGGAGAAAUCGAUUGAUACUGACAGUGACGGCAGUCAAAUCGAUACUCCACCCAUCCAAGAAUUCACCACCACAUUAUCAGCAUUAAAAUGUCUCGUUCUACCGGAAACGACCACUAUUGAAGGGGCAACAAAGAAACUUGCUGAUGGGUUAAAUUUACAACAGCAACAACGCUCUUCGACGUCCGCCUUGACUAGCACUGCAAUUCGUACAUCCAGCGAUAACAACACGCGAUGGUUUACGCUUUGCUUUGCUCAAAUCGAAAAAACAGCUCAAUCUCUCAGAUAACUUUCCCCCCACUCUGAAAAAACUCUGGAACCAAAGACCGGUGUUGGAUAGGGAGAAGAAAUACAUGCGCACAAGCGUACAUACGUCGCGUCGAUCGCAUAGCCAUGGGACUUGGGAUCCCCGUAACGGACUUGCUAGAGUGCUUAAGAGUCCAGGAGAAAUGCAUGUUGCGUUGGUCUAUUGUCUGUCUUAAACUCAGCGACCACCUAUAUGCAUGGAUGGAUGGAUGGA